AUGAUUGCUCAGCUCGCACCUGUGCCCUAUAGCGCCUCUACGCUCGCUGUUGCCUUUGUGGCGGUUGUACUGCUGUACUAUCUGGUUGGGCCCCUUUUCAGCCCGCUCCGUGAUAUCAAAGGGCCAGCGCUUGCGCGCUACACGCGUCUCUGGGAGCUGUACCAGAAUUGGUGCGGCCAAUUCGAGCAUGUCACGGUCGCUCUGCACAAGCAAUAUGGCCCCAUCGUGCGCCUGGCGCCCAAUCGCUACAGCAUCAGCGACCCCUCGGUGAUCCGCAGCAUCUACGGUGCGGGCUCCAAGUUCUCCAAGUCGGACUACUACGACCCGUUUGGCUCCCCGUCCAUGGCGCACCGAGAUGUCUUUACCGAGAAGAGCAACGAGAAACACGCCUCAGAGCGCCGGAAAACCUCGCACCUAUACUCCAUGAGCUCCCUCGUCUCCUACGAGCCCUUUGUCGACAAAGUAAACAGCGAAUUCAUGGCUGCGCUGGCAGACCAUGCCCGCCACGGGCGCGACUUCGACCUGUUUACCUGGAUGCAGUUUUACGCCUUUGAUAUCAUUGGCGAGAUUACCUUUGGCCGAUCGUUUGGUCUUAUCGAAGCCGGGUAUGAUAAGGAUCACCUCCUACAUGCCGCCCACAUGGGUUCGAUUGGGUACGGGUCCAUGGUUGCGCUGGUGCCAGAGGUUCACCCCUGGUAUCUGUGGUUCCAGAGAGUGGUGCCCGUCGAGAGCCACUGGCGGGUUAUACAGCGGGUGAUUAUGCGCGAGAUCGGGGAGAGGAUGCAAGGGGCAAGCUUUAGCGACCGCAAGGACUUCCUGGAGAAGUGUGCCGAGUUGACCAAGGCUGGGAAGAUGGAUGAGUUUACAAUGAACAAUGUUCUCGGCUCCAAUGUGGGCGCGGGCUCGGAUACCACUGGGAUCAGCAUGACUGCCAUCAUCUACUUUCUCAUAAGGCAUCCCGAUUGUCUGGAGAAGCUGCGGGAUGAGAUUGAGGGUGCGGCGCAGGAGGGCAAUCUCUCGGAUCCGGUCACCUUCCAGGAAGCCCAGAAGCUGCCGUACCUGCAGGCGUGUAUCAAGGAGGCGCUGCGGAUGCAUGCGGCGGUUGGUCAGAUCCUGAGCAGGGUUGUUCCAGAAGGGGGUGCUCAGCUCGCAGGGAGACAUUUUCCACAGGGGACCGUCGUCGGGGUCAACGCCUGGGUAAUCCACGGCGAUGCAAGCAUCUGGGGCGAAGAUGUAGACCAGUUUCGACCAGAGCGUUGGCUGGUUCCAAAGGAGAGACUUGCAUUCCUAGAACAGCAUUACCUCGCAUUUGGGGCCGGGGCAAGAACUUGUAUAGGGAAGAACAUUUCCCUCUUGGAAAUGACAAAGCUCGUGCCGCAGUUGGUGAGGAAGUUUGACUUUGUACCUGCUGGAAAGGCUGAAUGGACAACAAGCAGUGGGUGGUUCGUUAAGCAGAGAAUCCAGGUUAGGCUUGUUGAAAGGAAUUGGUCGGCAGAAUUGGGAAGCGAGUUUGCGGAAUAA